AUGGACUUGGCGGAGAUGGAGGACGAGGCCGGCGACAAGAGGAGCUUGGUAGUGCGGGAUGGCCUCGGAGGGAGGGAUCAGAUCAUUAGGGAAAAAGGCAUCUCAAAGCGGGAUAGCUUUUCUCGUAUCAAAUUUUUUAUGAAGAAAUACAAGCCUCUUAUCUUCUGUCUAGUGGAAACCAGAGCUGAUAACGGUAGACUCGCUAAGUUUUGCUCCAAACUUAGCAAGCGUUGGGCAUGGGCUGCCAUUGUUGCAGAAGGUUACUCCGGAGGGAUCAUUGUGGCUUGGCAAAGACAUAUUGGCAAAGUCACUCCUCUUGUCCGAUCCAGGUUUGUUUUACACUUAGUAAUCACUAACUGCAGGAAUGAGUCCUGGAUUAUCUCUACUAUUUACAACUCCACACAUAUUCAGGAGCAGUCUGAUGUUUGGUUUGAGCUCUCCUGUCUUACUUAUGUUUCUAUUCCCUGGAUUCUCAUAGGUGAUUUUAAUGCAAUUGUUUCUCUCUCUGAGUUUCAGGGAGGAUCUCCUAUUUAUUAUCGUCGCAAGGCUCGAGUUUUCUCUGAUUUUAUAGCUAUUAAUAAUCUUAUAGAGGUUAAUUUUGCAAGUUCUAGUUAUACUUGGUGCAACAAUCAAUUGGGUAAUGCUAGGAAAUGGGCCCGGCUUGAUCGUUGUUUGAUUAACUCCUUAAGUAUUGACUUUAUUGGCUCUUAUAUUAUCAAACACCUCCCCAUGCUGUUCUCUGAUCAUGCCCCUCUUCUUCUUACUCUUACCCCUCGUGUGCCCAUCAAAAAGAAAAUUUUUAGAUUUGAUAAUUUUUGGCUUGAAUAUCUCGACUGUCAUGAUGUAGUUCGGGAGACUUGGUCUCUCAAACCUCAUUCUAACCCCUUGCAUGCUUUCUCUCAUUUAUUAUCUCGUGCUCGGACUAAUCUCAUUGCUUGGAAGAACAGGGAUCUGAAUUCCAUUGAGGCCAGUAUCAAUAAAUUGGAGUUGGAAAUUCUAGAGGCAGAGGCGUUAGAAGGUUUGAAUGGUAAUAUAACUUAUGUUGACAAUGCUCUUUCUCCACUAUAUAAUCGUCUUACUGCUUUGCACCGGCAAAACUCCACAAAGUGGGCUCAACGUGCCAGACAGUUGUGGGUUCUUAAAGGUGAUCUCAAUACUAAUUUUUUUCACAAUUCAAUUCAUUGUCGCAAUCAUGUUAAUUCCAUUCCUCUCAUUACUAAUGAUGCUGGAGUUGUUGUUACUGAUCAGAAAGGCAUAGAGAAAGUGUUCAGUAACUUUUAUAUGAACCUUUGGGCUGAUCCCUCGGACAACUCGGUCAUAGAUAUUUUUCAGGCGCUUCCCUCUGAUCUUCCCUUGAUAUUGGCUGCCGAUGGUGUGGCUCUUACAAAGGAGGUUACCAAACUUGAGGUGAUUCUCUUUUUAAUGCUAUCUCUUACUUCUUUAACAAUUCUGUCAUCCCUAAUUCUUGGGGCCUCACUUACUUCCCAAAACUGUUUCUGA